UUGUGUUUCAGGGCGUGUUUCGAGGAGCUGCAGACCGACUACCUGGUCUACUGGUUCCUCCUGGAACUCCUGUCCGACCUCGUCUACCUGAGCGACAUGGUGUUCAGAACCAGGACGGGUUACCUGGAGCAGGGUUUGCUAGUGAAGGACGAGCUGAAGCUCCGUGAGCGUUACAUGAACAGUUUCCAGUUCAAGCUGGACCUGGCCUCCAUGGUUCCCACUGAUGUUCUGUACGUCUUCGGCCUCAGCUACCCAGAGAUCCGCCUCAACAAAUUGCUCCGAUUCAACAGGAUGUUGGAGUUCUUCCAGCGGACCGAGACCAGAACCAACUACCCCAACGCUCUUCGUAUCUCCAACCUGGUCAUGUACAUCGUCAUCAUCAUCCACUGGAACGCCUGCCUCUACUACUCCUUCUCCAAGGCCAUCGGUUUCGGUUCUGACAGGUUUGUGUAUCCGAACCCAGCGGACCCAGAGUUUGGUCGUCUGGUGAGGAAGUACGCCUACAGCAUGUACUGGUCCACGCUGACGCUCACCACCAUCGGAGAAACACCGCCCCCUGUGGAGAACUCCGAGUACUUCUUCGUCGUCACGGACUUCUUGGUUGGUGUCUUGAUCUUCGCCACCAUCGUCGGUAACGUCGGCUCCAUGAUCACCAACAUGAACGCUGCCAGAGCCGACUUCCAGGCUCGCAUCGAUGCCAUCAAGCAGUACAUGAGCUUCCGAAAGGUAACCAAGGACCUGGAGAAGCGAGUCAUCAAGUGGUUUGACUUCCUGUGGACCAAUAAGAAAGCGGUGGACGAGAGGGAGGUGCUGAAGUACCUGCCAGACAAGCUGAGGGCCGAGAUCGCCAUCAAUGUCCACCUGGACACGCUGAAAAAGGUCCGGAUCUUCGCUGACUGUGAGGCCGGUCUGCUGGUGGAGCUGGUUCUGAAGCUGCAGCCUCAGGUCUACAGCCCCGGAGACUACAUCUGCAAGAAGGGCGACAUCGGCCGCGAGAUGUACAUCAUCAAGGAGGGCAAGCUGGCCGUGGUGGCCGACGACGGCAUCAAGCAGUUCGUGGUCCUCAGUGAUGGAAGCUACUUCGGAGAGAUCAGCAUCCUGGCCAUCAAAGGCAGUAAAGCAGGAAACAGGAGGACGGCAAACAUCCGCAGCAUCGGCUACUCCGACCUCUUCUGUCUCUCCAAAGACGACCUGAUGGAGGCGCUGACCGAGUAUCCGGAUGCCAAGGCCAUGCUGGAGGAGAAGGGGAGGCAGAUCCUGAUGAAGGACGGGCUGCUGGACCUGGAGGUGGCGGCUCAGGGUCCCGACCCAAAGGAGAUCGAGGAGAAGGUGGACCGCAUGACGGGAACGCUGGACAUCCUGCAGACCCGCUACGCCCGCCUGCUGGCCGAGCACGAGGCCACGCACAGCAAGCUCAAACACCGAGUCACCCGGCUGGAGAAGAAUAUGGCGCCACCGCCGAGGGCCGACCAGCCGGUGGACGUCCCGCAGCCGGAGACGGAACCGACCAAAGAAGAAGAGAAGAAGUAGAAGAGUACAAUCAAACCUGGUCCCAAAUGACCAAGUUCAAAGUUCAGACUCAGCAUUUGUUCGAUUAUGAAGGCAGCGUUUCCCAAAGUUAGUUUGUGAAACCUUCAGGGAACCUUCAGGGAACAUUCAGGGAACAUUCAGGGAACAUUCCCACGAGGUAGUCUGUCAAACCCUCAGGGAACCUUAAGGGGAACUUCAGGGUCUUAAAGGAACCUCUAGGGAACUUUCUGGGAACUAUUUACUGUGUUUUACGUAUUGAAAAAUAUGAUGUGGACCAUAACCUCAAAUCUUUAGGGAACAUUCCCUGAAGUUUGUUAGGGAACCUUUGGAGAGCUUUUCCGGAAGUUAGUUAAUGAAACUUUUAAGAAAUCUUCUAGGAAUAUUCCAAAAAUUAGAUUGUGGAACCCUCAGGGAAUCUUAAUUUAAACUUCAGGGACCUUUUAAGGGAAAUGUUUAGUAUUUGCUGCUGAAAAAAUAUGAUUCUGACCAUAACCCUGAGACCUACGGGGAACAUUCUCAGAAUGUUCUCAGAAAAUUCCCUGAGGGUUAUUUUGUAAAACCAUGAGAGAACCUUCAGGGAAACUUCAAAAAAGGUAAAUAAUUCCCAGGUUGCUCCUGAACGUUCUUCUAACUAUUCACUAGUGAUGUACUGACCACCUUGGAAUGUUUCCUGAAGGUUCCCUGAGAGCUCUCAGAAUGCUCCCUUAAAGCUGGUUGUUGAAACCUUUGGGGAACCUUUGGAGAACAUUUCUAGAAUUUAAUUUGUGAAAUCUUUAAGAAAUCCUCAAGGAACGUUCCAAAGGUUAGGUUGUGAAACUGUCAGGGAACCGUAAGGGCUUCCAACCAUAAAGCCCAGACCUUUGGGAAACAUCCCAAGAACAUUCUCUGAAAGUUAGUUUUAAACACCGCAAGAGGACUUUCAGGAAAACUUCAAAAAUACUCAAGGCUUCUUAGAAUGUUCUAGUAACUAUGUACUAUCAUAGUUAUGUACUAAAAAAAAGCAGAGAACCUUCAAAAGUUGCCCAGACCUUUGUGAAGAAACAAUUUGCCUCAUUCCCGACUCUCUUUCAUUUUUUUGGAAUAAUUCUGAACCCAUCAGUGAACAUUCCCUCAAGGUUCCCUGAUGGUUCUUUUUUGAAACCUUCAGGAUCUUCAAAAAUAGCAAAUAGUUCCGGGCGCCCGUAUAGCUCAACGGGUUAAGCGGGUGACCCAUAUACAGGGACUGGUCUCUGACGCAGCUGCUGGAGGAUCCUAGUUCUGUUUUACGACUCCUUUUGAGCCUUGUCUUGGUUUUACUGGACCUGAGACUGCAUGAACGGUUCAUAUUGUUGAGCGUUUUACACACAUUAUUUAAUCCAUAUUUCUGUUGUAUCUGAACAUUUCUGGACGUUUUUCCAGCUUCCAUUCAGACAGACUGCAAUGUGAAGCUUUAGCUUGUAGCUGGCCUGUUUUAGCUGACUGAGCUAACACUAUGAAUCCAACAGUUAAGUAAAUGAAUAAAUAUUUUAUAAGGAAAAUC